UAACGUUUAUGUGUGCACAAUUUGAUGACGUUUUGUGGUUUCCUGAUUCUUUAUCAAGGAAAUAAUAAUACAUGUAUUGAUGUAAUAACUGUUGUGCUGAUUAGUCAUUAAGUACACGGUUUCUUUCAUUAACAACACAUUAUCAAAAUGCCUUGGUUUGGACAAGGUGGAAAGAAAGGAAAGUCAGGAAAUACUGAAUUGCAGUUGCAGAGAUCAAAACAGAUCGAAGCCCUCAGAAGAGGAAAUUUGGGGGUUGUGGAAACAUUAAGAGAUGCAGAGUACAGAAUAACAAUUCAAAUUGGCACAAAUAAUGUCACAUUAAUAAUAAAGCUGCCACCACAGUUUCCUCAGGACAGACCCUGUGUUGAAGUGUCCCCUCCUGUCAGGCACCCAUGGGUGGACACCAACUCAGUGGUUGUUAACUGUCCAAGUAUUAAUGGAUUUUCGGUUCACUCUAGUUUGUUGAGCGCUGUUCAGAGUGUUAUGGAAGAAUUUACCAAAAAUCCACCAGUUCUUGUGGGUUCAACAGCAUAUCAGUCAACAAGUCGAGGCUAUCCAUCACUCUAUCCAACCAAUAACAUCUUCAGUAAUCUCUACCCUCCAAUGACAACAUAUAGUGGUUUGUCAUCCACCACUUCGGAUACUGUCAAUAGUCAGUCUGACCAUACCACAUCUCUGUCCUGCACAGACACAGACCAUCCGCUGCUGCAGGACUUCAGUCAGUUGAAUAUAGCGGAAACAUUCCCAGAUCUGAAAAACAAAAGCAAGUUCAGAUCAACAAAUCGCAACCAUGACCUGCUUGAGCUGAUGAAUGAGGAGGACCUGGUGUUGGACCUCAUCCAUGGCCUGCCAGAGGUUACACAGGUCGUGGAAAGGCGUGACGAGAUGGCACGCAGGUGUACGCAGCUCGCAAAAGAAAACCUUGCUAUGAAACCUGUGAUAGAAGACCUUAAGAGCCAGCUGCAAGAAAAGUACUUGGAGCUGACACGUGUGCAGUCAGAGUUUGAGAGCCAUCAGGAGGAGCAGGUGCGUCUGCUAGAGCAGUUUGACCCCUCUGUGAUCCAUAACAACCUCAAGGUCGCCAUCCUAGAGGCCGAAGAGGAAUCAGAUAGUGUCUACCAUGACUUUGUGGAGAGACGUAUUGAUAUAGAGACAUUCACAGCUAUGUUCGUAGAAAAAAGAACACUCUACCACUCGAGACGUGCCAAAGAAGACAAGAUGAGUCAUCUCCUCCACAAGGGUUUCUAGGGAGACAAAAGGGAGACAAUUGUCACAUCAUGCCACGGUUUCUAGGGAGACAAAAGGGAGACAACUGUGACAUCAAGCAGUUGCAAUGCCUGGAAAUAAUUCAUUCUUUCAUACCGUCCUCGUGAUGUUGAUUUUAUUACACCUCUUUCGAAAUGACCUAUUUUUAUAAAAAUUGUUUGGCUAUUUAUUGUUUACUUCAUUCAAAGAACUUUAAGAAUCUUAUCUGUUUUUUACUGACUGUGUUAUUCUAGUUUUGUUCAUGUAUUUGAAACAGAUGUAUGUUAUUAUAAACUGAAUGGUAAGUGUUUAUCCAAAUAGUAGUUAUUGAGCACAGUAUCAGCUAUUCUUAAAUAAUAGAUUUUUAAGUCUUUGAUAAAAAGAUUGCUCUGACAUAAUAUUAUUGUGAGAGAAGUUUUCAUAAAUGUUUUUGUUGUUUUGGAUAAAAUUGUCAGGGAAAAUGAAGUAUUUUUAUAUCAGCAUUUAGUUUUUUAGCUCAUCUAUUUUUUGAAAAAAAAUAAUGACCUAUUGUCAUCACCUUGGUGUCGGCGUUGGCGUCCGGUUAAGUUUUGCGUUUAGGUCCACUUUUCUCAGAAAGUAUCAAUGCUAUUGCAUUCAAACUUGGUACACUUACUAACUAUCAUGAGGGGACUGGGCAGGAAAAGUUAGAUAACUCUGGCGUGCAUUUUGACAGAAUUAUGUGCCCUUUUUAUACUUAGAAAAUUGAAAAUUUUGGUUAAGUUUUGUGUUUAGGUCCAUUUUAUUCCUUAAGUAUCAAAGCUAUUGCUUUCAUACUUGCAACACUUACUAACUAUCAUAAGGAGACUGUGCAGGCAAAGUUAUGUAACUCUGACUGGCAUUUUGACAGAAUUAUGUGCCCUUUUUAUACUUAGACAAUUGAAAAUUUGGUUAAGUUUUGUGUUUAGGUCCACUUUAUUCCUACAGUAUCAAAGCUAUUGCUUUCAUACUUGCAACACUUAUUAACUAUAAUAAGGGGACUGUGCAGGCAAAGUUAUGCAACUCUGACUGGCAUUUGGACGGAAUUAUGGGCCCUUUAUACUUAGAAAAUUGAAAAUUUGGUUAAGUUUUGUGUUUUGGUCCACUUUACCCCUAAAGUAUCAUAGAUAUUGCUUUCAUACUUGGAACACUCGCAAACUAUCAUAAGGGGACAGUAAAAGGACAAGUUGCAUAACUCUGGUUGUCAUUUUUACGGAAUUAUGGCCAUUUUUUGACUUAGUAACUUUGAAUAUAUGGUUAAAUUUUGUGUUUCGAUCCACUUUACUUCUAAAGUAUCAAGGCUAUUGCUUUCAAAAUUCAAAUACUUUCAUGCUAUCAUGAGAUUACUGUACCUGGCAAGUUGAAUUUUACCUUGACCUUUGAAUGACCUUGACUCUCAAGGUAAAAUUAUUUUAAAGAUCAUCUCACAAAUGACCACCACACCCUCACACUAUACCCCCCCCCCCCAAUUUUUUUUUUUUUGAAACGGUAAAAAACACAAAUAUUUAUUUUUAUUAUUAUAUUUUUGAAAUACCGUCCAACCAUCGCAUCCAAGAAUCCCCCCCCCC